UCCUCCUUCAAAUCCAAGAUCGUCCAAACAAGAUGUCUUCUAUUUUCCAUAUUAGUGGUGCAAACAAGCCUCACGCAGUGUGCCUCCCAUACCCAGCACAAGGCCACAUUACCCCAAUGCUUAAAUUGGCCAAACUUCUCCACCAAAGAGGCUUUCACAUAACCUUUGUGAACACCGAGUACAACCACAAGCGUCUCCUCAAGUCAAGAGGCCCCAAAUCCCUCGAGGGCUUGCCCGGCUUCCGCUUUGCCGCAAUCCCCGAUGGUCUCCCUCCGACGGACACCGACUCGGCGCAGGACAUCCCGUCCCUUUGCGACUCCACCAGAAAGCACUGCCUAGAACCCCUUCGGAAGCUUAUUGCCGAGCUGAAUGACGGAAGCUCAAUUAACGGUCUUGUUUCUCCGCCGGUGAGCUGCGUCGUUUCCGAUGGCUCCAUGUCAUUCUCCCUCAAAGCUGCGGAAGAAUUUGGAGUGCCAUUUGCAUGCUUUUGGACGACCAGUGCCUGCGGCUUCAUGGGAUACGUACAGUAUAGACAUCUUGUUGAUAAAGGUCUUAUACCACUGAAAGACGAAACUUAUUUGUCAAACGGAUAUUUAGACACCAUUAUAGACUGGAUUCCAGGCAUGAAAGAUAUCCGACUGAGAGAUCUUCCUAGCUUCAUAAGGACAACAAACCCAGAUGACAUUAUGAUAAACAUUGCCAUAGAACAGAUAAACGCAUCUUCCAGAGCUUCCGCUAUAAUCGUGAACACUUUUGACGUGUUGGAACACAAAGUUUUGGAAUCUCUCUCUUCUAUCUUCCCUCGAAUCUACACCGUUGGGCCGCUUCACCUCCCCGCCGAAAAGACUCGUCCGAACAGCCCUUUGUCCUCCAUCGGAUCCAAUCUCUGGAAAGAAGAGUCCCAAUGCCUCCAAUGGCUCAAUUCCAAGCAACUUAAUUCAGUUGUUUAUGUCAACUUCGGAAGCAUCACAGUCAUGACUCGGCAGCAACUUAUAGAGUUCGCUUGGGGUUUGUCUAACAGCAAGAAACCCUUUGUUUGGAUAAUUAGACCGGACCUCGUUGCUGACGACUCGGGAAUUCUUCCGCCGGAGUUUGUGGAAGAGACGAGAGAAAGGGGAGUGCUGGCCGGCUGGUGCCCCCAGGAGACGAUGCUGAGGCACCCGUCGGUCGGAGGCUUCUUGACGCAUUGCGGUUGGAACUCGACGAUCGAGAGCUUGACCACCGGUGUGCCGAUCGUCUGUUGGCCAUUCUUCGCCGAACAGCAGACCAACUGUAGGUUUUCUUGUGGCGAAUGGAGUGUUGGGAUGGAGAUUGAUAGUGAUGUGAAGAGAGAGAAAGUAGAGAAGCUAGUGAGAGAGUUGAUGGACGGAGAGAAAGGGAAGGAAAUGAGAAGAAAUGCGUUGGAGUGGAAGAGAAAGGCUGAGGAGGCCACCGAGGCAGGUGGUUCUUCCUUAACAAAUUUUGAGAAGUUGAUCGAGGAGGUUUUGUUGUUCAAAAACCAGCUCCAACCGUACUAA